GGCUGCAGGGCCUGAAAGCUGGUGGGCGGCAGGCUGGAGCCAGGAGGGCGAGGCUGCGGCGCGAGGCGGCCAGGCGGGCGAGGGGUUUCCUCACGAAUGCCUUGGGCUCCGGGAGGCGGGAUCCCUCCAGAACGGGGUCCCUGAGGGAGGAGAACGGCACACGACUGCCGAGAUCCCCAUUCUGCCCACAGGGACAUCUGCGGGGCGACCCUUACAGAAAUCUCCCGAAGCCCACCCGGCACACACCCUCGGUGACAGAGCCUCCCUGAAGUUCCCCCCGCGCGGCCUCCACGAGCCACCUCCUGCCGCGAGGAGGCCAGAGUAUUGUCCAGGUUACUAUGGAUACCACCGUAGAAGAGACAUGGUCCUUGUCUCAGAACCCACCUUCUGGUAGAGAUAACAGAAAAUAAGGGAGCGAUUAGGAUCCAAUGUGAUGGUGUGGCAAUUAAGACAUAUCGAGACACAAAAAGAGUGCCGACCCUUGGACCAGCGCGAGGGACCCACCCGCACCAUGACCGAGACCACCAAGACCCACGUUAUCCUGCUCGCCUGCGGCAGCUUCAAUCCCAUCACCAAAGGGCACAUUCAGAUGUUCGAAAGAGCCAGGGAUUAUCUGCACAAAACUGGAAGGUUUAUCGUCAUUGGCGGGAUUGUCUCUCCGGUCCACGACUCCUAUGGAAAACAGGGCCUCGUGUCGAGCCGGCACCGUCUCAUCAUGUGUCAGCUGGCCGUCCAGAACUCCGAUUGGAUCAGGGUGGACCCGUGGGAGUGCUAUCAGGACACCUGGCAGACAACCUGCAGCGUACUCGAGCACCAUCGGGACCUCAUGAAGCGGGUAACUGGCUGCAUCCUCUCCAACGUCAACACACCCUCCAUGACGCCCGUGACCGGACAGCCCCAGAACGAGACCACCCAGCCCGUUUAUCAGAACAGCAAUGUGCCCACCAAGCCCACCGCAGCCAAGAUCUUGGGAAAGGUGGGGCAAAGCCUGAGCCGGAUCUGCUGUGUCCGCCCGCCCGUGGAGCGCUUCACCUUUGUGGAUGAGAACGCCAACCUGGGCACGGUGAUGCGAUACGAGGAGAUUGAGCUGCGGAUCUUGCUGCUGUGCGGCAGUGACCUCCUGGAGUCCUUCUGCAUCCCAGGGCUCUGGAACGAGGCAGAUAUGGAAGUAAUCGUUGGGGACUUUGGGAUCGUGGUGGUGCCCCGGGAUGCAGCCGACACAGACCGAAUCAUGAACCACUCCUCAAUACUCCGCAAAUACAAAAACAACAUCAUGGUGGUGAAGGAUGACAUCAACCAUCCUAUGUCUGUUGUCAGCUCAACCAAGAGCAGGCUGGCCAUGCAGCGGGACGGCCACGUCGUGGAUUACCUGUCCCAGCCGGUCAUCGACUACAUUCUCAAGAGCCAGCUGUACAUCAACGCCUCGGGCUAGCAGCCACAGGGCGCUCCGCUCCGCUCCACUCUCCCCUGGUCCUCCGCCAACACACCGGCCCCUCCAGCCUCCGUCGUCGGCCCCGUCUCCCUCCUGCCUCCAUCUCCUCCUCUUGACUGUUCUCCCCACUUGCUGACUCAAACCCCC